AUGUCCCUCGUUGGCUUCACAUUUGGAUCCUUCGGCGACAUCAUCACUAUCAUACAGCUUGCGAAUAAAGUUCGGAAGCUGCUUAGUGAAAGCUCUGGCGCAUCGGCAGAAUAUCAGCAAUUGAUUUUGGAGAUAGACACUUCACUAUUCAUUCUGCAUCUUGUUUACGGUGCCUCACAGUUCCAGAGCGCAGAUGCAUCACCGCUUUCCACGAACGCUCAACAGACUAUACAACAAUGCGUCAAAAAGUCGGAGGACAUCCUGCGCGAAUUGGACGGCAAGCUCUUCAAGUUUCAAGAGAGUUUGGAAGAGGGCGGAACCGGGAAGAAGCUACUCGAUUAUUGGGGGAAGAUUCGAUGGGGUUUUUUCACGGACAACUACCUCAUCGAAACACGGCGCAAGCUCGCAGAGCAGAGAAUGUGUAUCACACUACUUCUAGGUGUCAAUAAUAAGGAUCCCUCGGUGUCUUGGGUAUCCGUGGGAGGGUGGCUUCAACCCGGAGAAUCGACCCAUAGUAUUCUUGGACAUGCUUGGGAUACAAACGUGGCUGCCUUUGCAACUAUGCGGGUCGUGGAAGGGAAGGACUUCGACGACUUCAUACGCUUUUACUUCAGGGACCGGCCCGGCAAACGUCUGGUCGAACGUGGCGACUAUGAGGUGAUAUCGUCUUCGGGCAGCAUGCAGACAAGUGCGCGAUGGGAAAUCUCACCAGGAGCGACGGUGAUGAUGAAUGCCCGUGUUCAGCGUCCUGCAAAUCGCGAGGUAGAUCCAAAGGCUGCUAUAUGCCCUUUGUGCAAUCUCGCAGACACGCGGAAUGCAGAUACGGGAAUCAAUUGGUGGGCGGCUGUCUACGUCAGUACGCGCUGCAAGGCCUGGUUCAUGACCUCUCACAGCACUAUCGAUGAACUCGAAGAAGACCGGUCCCCAACACAAGAGCACCAUGGGAAUGACUCUGUUGGGGGUCCAAGCCUCGCAGCUAGUAGUCGGAACAGACGACCGGAACGUCGCACUCAGAAGCAAUCUCGUCGUGGUGCGCGUACGGCUGACGGUGUCAUAGGAAAAUCCACCUGGAAAUAG